AUGUCAGAUCACAACAAAGAAAACAAUCUUCACAACAAUUCACAACAAAACACACUCAAUGAUUAUAAUGGAUUUGACUCCAAUGUUGACCAAAGUAUACAUGAACUCGCCAGAAGAUUAACAAACGCUUCACAAAAAUAUCCAGAACUGGGUGUUGAUGGUGAUGAUGUCUUGUCAACAACCUCUUCAAUAGCGCCUGGUGUCGUGACAGUCAACAAUUCAGAUGUUGAUCCUCGUCUAGACCCAAGCUCAGAUGAUUUCAACUCUCGUUAUUGGAUAAAGAAUUUCAAAAGAGUCAUGGAUAAGGAUCCAGAUCAUUUCAAGCAUUAUUCAUUAGGAAUUGUUUACAAAAACUUGAGGGCUUUAGGUGAUGCUACUGAUGCUGAUUAUCAAACAACUGUUUUAAACGCCCCAUUAAAAUAUGUUCAGAAAUCUUUGAAAUCGGUCUUUUCAUCUAAAGAAUCUAAACAUACCCAACAAUUUGAUAUUUUGAAACCAAUGGAUGCUAAUGUCAAGCCUGGUGAAGUUGUUGUUGUCCUUGGUAGACCAGGCUCUGGUUGUUCAACUCUUUUGAAAACAAUAGCUGCAAAUACACAUGGGUUCCAAGUCGGUGAAGAGUCACAGAUUAGUUAUGAAGGUGUUAAGCCUCAAGAUAUUAAAAAACACUAUAGAGGUGAAGUUAUUUAUAAUGCUGAAACUGAUAUUCAUUUCCCGCAUUUAACAGUUUGGCAAACUUUAUCAUUGGCUGCAAAAUUUAGAACUCCUCAAAAUAGAAUUCCUGGUAUCUCUAGAGAGGAUUAUGCAAACCAUUUAACUGAAGUUUAUAUGGCAACUUAUGGGUUAUCACAUACUAGAAACACAAAAGUUGGUAAUGAAGUUGUUCGUGGUGUUUCAGGUGGUGAACGUAAAAGAGUUUCAAUUGCCGAAGUUUCAUUAUCUGGUGCUAGAUUACAAUGUUGGGAUAAUGCCACUAGAGGUUUAGAUGCUGCUACUGCCUUGGAAUUCAUUAGAGCUUUAAGAACUCAAGCUGAUAUAUUGGAUACUACAGCUUUUGUUGCCAUUUAUCAAUGUUCUCAAGAUGCUUAUGAUUUAUUUGAUAAAGUUUCACUCUUGUAUGAAGGUUAUCAAAUUUAUUUUGGUAGAGCUGAUGAAGCUAAGGGUUAUUUUGUGAAAAUGGGGUACCAUUGUCCCGCUCGUCAAACUACUGCUGAUUUUUUAACUUCAAUCACUUCACCAAGAGAAAGGGUUGCCUCAAAAGGGUAUGAACAAAGAGUCCCCAAAACUCCAAAGGAAUUUGAGCAAUACUGGAAAGAAUCACCAGAAUAUGCCCAAUUGAUUAAAGAUAUUGACUCAACUUUGAUCAAGCAAAAACAAGAAAAUUCCCAAGAUGUUAUCAAAUCUUCACACAAUCAAAAGCAGUCAAAACAUUUGAGACCUGGUUCUUCAUAUACAGUUUCAUUUUGGAUGCAAGUUAGGUAUUUAUUAAUUCGUGAUUUCCAAAGAAUUUUAAAUGAUUUAGGGUUCAACCUUUUCCAAGUCUUUGCCAAUUCUUUAAUUGCACUUGUUUUAUCUUCAAUUUUUUACAAUAUGCAAAAAACUACUGGAUCAUUUUUUUAUCGUGGUGGUGCUAUGUUUUUUGCCCUUGUGUUUAAUGGGUUUCAAUCCUUUAUUGAAAUCAUGACUCUUUUCGAAGCCAGACCAAUCAUUGAAAAACAUAAACAAUAUUCAUUAUACCAUCCAUCAGCAAGUGCAUUGUCAUCAAUCAUAUCACAACUCCCUUCCAAAAUGAUCAUUUCAGUUGCCUUCAAUUUAAUUUUUUACUUUAUGGUGAAUUUUAGAAGAGAUCCUGGUCGGUUCUUUUUCUAUUACUUGAUGAAUAUAACUGCAACUUUUUCAAUGUCACAUUUAUUCCGUCUUGUCGGUUCAGCUUCAUCUACACUACCUGCCUCGCUUGUCCCUGCACAUUUCCUUUUGUUAGCUUUAAUGAUCUUUACAGGGUUUGUUAUCCCAGUCAAUUAUAUGCUUGGUUGGUCACGCUGGAUAAAUUAUUUGAAUCCUUUGGCUUAUGCAUUCGAGGCUUUGAUGGUUAAUGAAUUUAGUGGUAGAGAAUUCGAAUGCUCUUCAUUCAUACCCGGUGAUCCAAGAACUACUCCAGGGAUCCCUUCAAAUGGGUUCGUUUGUGACUCUGUUGGUGCUGAAGUUGGUUCUUUUACUGUUUCUGGUUCAACAUAUUUGGAGACAGCUUAUAAAUACAGAGCUUCUCAUAAAUGGAGAAAUUGGGCAAUUAACUUGGGUUUCACGUUGUUUUUCCUAGCUGUUUAUAUGAUCUUCAGUGAAUAUAAUGAAAGUGCUAUGCAAAAGGGGGAAGUUUUAUUGUUCCAAAGAUCAACUUUGAAAAAAUUAAAGAAACAACAUGGUGAUAUUAAAAAUGAUCUUGAAGCUGGUUCUGAGAAGCAAAUCACUGAACAAGAUGAAGAAGAAGGUGAACAAAAUGUUGAUGUUAUCCAUGCAGGUACUGAUAUUUUCCAUUGGAGAGAUGUUCAUUACUCCGUCAAGAUUAAGAAGGAGACUCGUGAAAUUUUGAAUGGUGUUGAUGGUUGGGUUAAACCAGGUACUUUAACUGCCUUGAUGGGUGCUUCAGGUGCUGGUAAAACUACAUUAUUGGAUGUUUUAGCUAAUAGAGUCACCAUGGGUGUUGUUACUGGUAAUAUGUUUGUUAAUGGUCAUUUGAGAGAUAAUUCAUUCCAAAGAUCAACUGGUUAUGUUCAACAACAAGAUUUACAUUUGAAAACUGCAACUGUUCGUGAAGCUUUACAAUUUUCUGCUGAUUUGAGACAACCAAAAGACGUUUCCAAGGCUGAAAAGGAUGCUUAUGUUGAAGAAGUUAUCAAGAUCUUGGAUAUGGAAAAAUAUGCUGAUGCCGUUGUUGGUGUUGCAGGUGAAGGUUUGAAUGUUGAACAAAGAAAAAGAUUAACCAUUGGUGUUGAAUUAGCUGCUAAACCGAAAUUGUUAUUAUUCUUGGAUGAACCUACUUCUGGUUUAGAUUCUCAAACUGCUUGGUCUAUUUGUCAAUUGAUGAGAAAAUUAGCUAAUCAUGGUCAAGCUAUUUUAUGCACUAUUCAUCAACCUUCAGCUAUUUUGAUGCAAGAAUUUGAUAGGUUAUUGUUUUUAGCCAAAGGUGGUCAAACUGUUUAUUUUGGUGAUUUAGGUAAAAAUUGUCAAAGUUUGAUUAAUUAUUUUGAAAACCAUGGUGCUCAAAAAUGUCCUCCAGAUGCUAAUCCUGCUGAAUGGAUGUUACAUGUCAUUGGUGCUGCUCCUGGAUCUCAUGCAAAUCAAGAUUAUCAUCAAGUUUGGUUGCAAUCUUCAGAACGUCAAGAAGUCUUGCAAGAAUUGGAUAGAUUGGAAACUGAAUUAGUCAAAUUACCUCGUGAUACUUCAGUUGGUCAAGAAGAAUAUGCAGCUCCAUUAUGGAAACAAUAUGUGAUUGUUACAAAGAGAAUAUUUCAACAACAUUGGAGAUCUCCUAUUUAUAUCUGGUCCAAAAUGGUGUUGGCUGUUGUUUCUUCAUUGUUUAUUGGGUUCUCAUUUUUCAAGGCUAAAAACACAAGACAAGGUUUACAAAAUCAAAUGUUUGGGUUCUUUAUGUAUUUAAUGAUCUUCAAUCCACUUCUUGAACAAGGACUACCAACAUUCGUUGAACAAAGAGGUCUUUAUGAGACUAGAGAACGUCCUUCAAAAACUUUUUCAUGGAAGGCAUUUAUUGCUGCUCAAAUCACUGCUGAGAUUCCAUGGAAUGCAUUAGUCGGUACUGCUGCUUUUUUCUGUUUUUACUAUCCUGUUGGCUUCUACAACAAUGCUUCUCCAAGUGGUACUGCAGCUGUUAAUCAAAGAGGUGCUUAUGCUUGGUUCUUUAAUGUUUUGUUUUAUAUUUAUAUUGGUACUACCUCUCAUCUUGUCAUGGCACCAUUGGAGUUGACUGAAUCGGCUGGUAAUGUUGGUUAUUUGAUUUUCACUUUAGGUUUAACUUUCUGUGGGGUGUUGGUUAGUUUGAACAAGCUUCCUGGAUUUUGGAAAUUCAUGUAUCGGGUUUCGCCAUUCACUUAUAUUGUUGAUGGGUUUUUAUCGAAUGGUCUUGCAAAUAAUAGAGUUCAAUGUUCUUCUACUGAGUUGGUUCGUUUCAGUCCACCAUCAGGUUAUAAUUGUGCACAAUAUAUGGAAUCUUACAUUACAAAAGCAGGUACAGGUUAUUUGGCUGAUCCAUUAGCUACUGAAAACUGUGAAUUUUGUGCUAUUUCAUCCACUAAUGAUUUCUUGAGAGUUGUUGGGGUCAGCUACGAUAGAAGAUGGAGAAACGUUGGUAUUUUCAUUGCAUUUAUCAUUUUCAAUAUUGUUGGUGCUACUUUCUUGUAUUGGUUAGCUAGAGUUCCAAAGAAAGCAGAUAGAGUGAAAUGUGUGAAGAAAGAAGGUGAAGUGAAUGUUCCACAAUCUGAAUAUUCCAAGUCAACGAUUGAAAAAGAAGAUUCUACAAUUGCCUAA